AAUCAGGAAGCAUGUUCUUCUGUUUGGGAUUUACCACAAACAAACAGUUUUUUACUUCCAACUUCAGCUAGCGUUUCCUCUUUUGUGUACGGUUUUACUAUCGUGAAAACUACAUUUGACUCAGGUUUUGGUAAAGCCAUUGUUUCUCUGCUCUUGUUUCAAUCUGUUAGACCACAUUCUCGGUCUAUGUGACCCGGAGGAGGACGGGUUAGGCUUCACAGUUUUUUUUUUGCCAACUGCAUUGUCUGCAGCUGUAACGUUACCGCUUUGAGAAACCAUGUCCGAUCUAAUCCUGGUGCUCCUGGUAGUCGUGCUACUCGUGUGUUUGGUUGGAACAUUGGUGGGUUUUCUAGUGUACUCGGGGCUCCUGUCCGACGUGAUUAUAAAGACUGGGCCACCUCCUAUCAAAAAUGUUACCUUUGCUUAUAAAUUCAAAGAGGGAUCAUACAAGGACUGCGGUGCAGCCUACACAGAGACCUGCAGCAUCGGGCCAAAGCUGAGCACCAUCAGUGUCUUCUACGAUGACCCCAAGCAGAGGCCAGCAGAGAAAUGCCGCUACGUGGUGGGCAGCGUCCUGUGUGAGGGUGAAGAGCAGCCAGAUAAAGAGCUGCAGGAGCUGUAUCAGAAGUACGGCUUUAAAGUGUUUUCUGUGCCUGAAGUGAGCCACGCUGUGACCACCAGCUUCCCCUGCACCACACCUCUGUCCAACGUGCUGGGACCGUACAGAGUCUACCCGAGACUUUCUUCCUACAUCGAGGAGAGGAAACUGAGUGCAUUCCCCACUAUAGAGAUCUGUGGUUCAGAUGUCAUCAACUACAUGGUUCCUCUGUCUCGCCAGACAGACUUCUUUGUACCAGAAAUGAAGGAGGACGUUAAAACAGACGUUAAAGAAGAGGACUCCGAUGAGGAUAGGGGAACUGAUAUUACAGGUGCUGACUCCCACAGCGAUGUGAGCUCAGUGAGCGGCGGCGUGCCCUGGGACAGCAGAGAGACUUCUUUGGCUGCUUCCACGGCCGCCUCCCUGGCCUCUUCCCUGCCUCUAAGGGACGUAAUGGAUGCCAACGAAGACAUUAAGCACAGGGACCAGGGUGACAGAUGCUCAAAUGAGUCUAUGGGCAGCGGCUCAUCUUUUGAAGAGCUUGACAUGGAUCAGGAGGAGCAGGAGGAGGCAGCAGUGAAGGAAGGGAAGGAACAUGAAGAGGAGGAGGAGGAGGUCCCUGAGGGUGAAGACGGAGCUAGAGAAGAACUGGUGGUGGAGAAGAAGGAUCACCUGGGUGAUGGGGAGGAGUAGCCUGAAUGUUGAAGAGAUAAGGCUUGAGGCUAUGUAACACUGGCAUGCUAGAGAGUUUCUCAGUCAUUGCUGGUUAUCUGUCGUGUAAUCUGGUUGGUGGAUCUAAUUCUGUUUAUGCCAUGACCAACAUGCCGUAUUUCUGCGCCUUGUUAUUCCUCAUUUUGAAGCCUGUACUUCUUGUUAUACUGUUACUUCAUUUUAUUCAAAUCAUUUCUGAUCAUUUAUAUAAAAGAAAACAGCCUCAUACAUUUAAGAUCUUCCAGGGUGAACAACACUUUUUUAAUUUUAUGUACAUCGAAUAGGAGGCAAUAUUUGUUCAAAUCUCUAUUUCAUUUGCAACUUUAUUCUUAUGUUUACCCCAACCCUUUCUGUUGGGAUUAGAAGUAGCACUUCAUUUUAAGAUGAAAUACAAAAGAGAGACACCGACACCUGGCUCAGCACGUUUUUGCCCCUUAUGUGACCCUGUUUUCAAGGUCAUCUUGCAAGGAAGUUUAUGUCACGUGUUUGUUUAAGUAAUCCGAUUUCUCAGAUUAAUAAAGAGUAUUACUGGGUUGACAAUAAGCAGGACUAUUGAUGUUAUUUCUUCCGUCACAUAGGAGACACUCUGAAGUCUUUGGAACAGAAUAUGAAUUAAAUUAACAUCAGUGCAUACUCUCAGUAGUUAACAUACCAGAAAACACAAGCGACCAGAACUAGGAUUAAAAAUGCAAUUCAAUGAUGUAAACGUGUUUUCUUCGACUGUACAGAACAUUUCAUUAUCACUCUGCGCUUUAUUCAUUGCUUAAUUUUUCACCCAUAAUGUUCCCUUCUGUACUUUUCUGUUAAACCGCCCUGCAGUUCUGUUUGUAACCAACAUUCCCUCACUUCCAGAGACUAGUUAUGAUUUGUUUGUUGGUGAAAUGAUGUACAGCACAUUUCCAUGGCUGUGUCUUAUAUCUGUAAUAAAAUGUUCAAAUGAAA